AUGGCUGCUACAGAAGAGGUAUCAAGGAACAUAUUUCAAGAUCUGGAUGUUAAACUCCCUGGUAUGUCCGAGAAGGAUCUUGAAGAGCUAAAGGCAGCUGUUGAAACAGGGAAUCUUUCAGAAGCAGCUUCCAAAGCACAGGAGGCCCUGGAGCUGUCAAAAAACACUGAGCUCAACAUCGCCAUCACGGGGGAGUCGGGAUCUGGGAAAUCUUCCUUUGUGAACGCCAUGCUGGAGUUAGACGACGAUGACAAAGGAGCAGCAGUGGUUGGCAUCACCGAAACAACAAUGGAGCCAACCGCUUAUCUGCAUCCCACGCUCCCCAAUGUGAAGAUGUGGGACCUGCCUGGGAUUGGGACUCCAAGUUUCCGGCCUGACACCUACCUUCAGCAGGUCAGCUUUGCCCGCUAUGACUUCUUCAUCAUAGUCACUUCAAAGCGCUUCAGAUCCUGUAAUGCAGACCUAGCCCAGGAGAUCCAGAAGAUGGGGAAGAAGUUCUACUUUGUGCGCUCCAAAGUAGACGAGGACUUGAGAAACGAAAGUAGAAAAAGAAACUACAAUCAGGAGACCACCUUGCAGACAAUCCGAGACGACUGUGUGGAGAAGCUGAGGAGAGAUGGGGUAAAUUCCCCGCAGGUUUUCCUCAUUUCCAGGUGGGAAUUCAACCAAUACGAUUCUCCCCAACUGCAGGAAACUCUGGCCAGUGAAUUGGACUCUCACAAGAGACACAUUUUCCUCUUGGCGCUUCCCAACAUCUCAGGGCCAAUCCUGGAUAAGAAAAAAGAAGCCCUGAAGAGCCAGAUCUGGAAACGAGCCCUGAAGUCGUGCGCCAUCGCGGCUGUUCCCAUCCCCCACCUCUCCGUCUCAUGUGACGUUGACAUCCUGGUGGAAUCUAUGACCGAGUACUGCAAAGUCUUCGGUUUGGAUGAAGAAUCCCUCAUUAAACUCUCCACACAGGUCAGGAAACCCGUGUCUCAGUUGAAGGAUGUGAUCAAGACCCCGUUGGCCAAGGAAAUAUCAAGGGAAGCUGCUUUGGAGCUGUUGGGUAAAGUUUCAGAUAGUGUAAGAAGGUCAUUCACCUUCGGGCUUUUAGAAUCAUUUAAACCUAAAUCAUCUAAGCCUACUCGUCUUGCCUGGGAGCAAGGGGACAAGGAGAAGGGUAAUGCCAUGAUAAAUAUUAAAAAGUACAUAAGCCUCCUACCAGUCUCUGGAACCCUUGUAGCCACACAGAUCUCAUUCCUAGCUACAUACAACGCCCUGCAUUCCUUUCUGGAAGGCGUUGCUGAGGAUGCUCACCGGGUGCUCACUGAGGCUCUGGCGGUGGCAGAGAAAAAGUCCGUUUAG